AGAGAAAAGUGUUGACAUCGAAAUCCUAAAUAGUCGGUUAAAUGUUUCAAAUGUAAUAAUUGUAUUAUACUUACCACGAUGAGUUGUUUCUUAGGUCCGUCAGAUUGGCCGAAAUGUACGACACACAUCCGACUGCAAGGUUACAGAUGCUGAUCUGCAGGACUAUUUGCGGACUCUGUCCGCGCUCCUGGCUGACCCACAAUACUUACAACAUGAUCCUUCAGCAGCGAUAGCAUUCGCGAGACUUAGUGAUGUGCAGAAUGAUUGCAUUUCAAUCGAAGAACUUGGCGAUCUAUUGAAAGAGGUCUAUGAAACACUCGAAAAUGCACAAGAGGUCGUCGAACGUUUUUCUGAGGAGGCAGAACGAACCUUGUCAAAUGCUCUUCAGAAACUAGAUGCUACCAUACUGUUUGGAAAGAAACGCCUUGAAAGGGAGACACAAGUUGGGGAACAACGCAUCAAAAUCAAGACAAACGUUGGGAAACAACGCCUUGAAAGAAAGACAAAAUUUUGGGAGCAGCAUCUUGAACGCAAGACAAAAGAUGGAGAACAAUUCAUUGAAAGCAAGGUGCAGGAUGGAAUUGUGCGCUUGGAACAGACAGCAAACAAAACUGCACAAGCAGCAUACGAACGAGCCGUAGCAGAUCUUCGCCGUCGUUUGGUGGAUCAUUACCAUGACAAUGCGAGCAAUGUGCCUCUUUCAGUAUUGGAUCAGAGUCUUGAUAAACGUAUAACAGAUAUAUAUGCAACACCAAAAAUUCAUCGAAUUGAAAUUACAAAAGAUGGAAAACGCGUUAAAAAGGAGCAAGUGCUGGCAUACAAAGAACUCUUUAGUUCAGACGAUACAGAGUCAUAUCGACGUUUAUACGUACAAGGCGAGCCCGGCAGCGGCAAGUCUACGUUUGCAGCUAAGUUAGUUCAUGUUUGGUGCGACGGUAAUCGGCCUUCAACGGCAGCUCCCAACGUUAAUGAAUCGUUUGAUGACGUGUUAAUCAUUCAAAAGUUUCAGUUUGUGUUUUACAUCGCGUUGAGAGAAUCGAGAGGUACGAAAGACGUAAUGAAUAUGGUAAAAAAACAACUUAUUGACACAUUGUAUUCAGAGGAAAAACGUGAUGCAAUGUACAAACUUCUACUCCAAAUUAUAGAGACGGAAGUGUGCCUGGUAGUGCGAGACGGUCUAGAUGAAUGGGUGGCACCUGACGGUAGUAACCUUGCUGAACCUUCUAUGGCGGGGUUUCUAAGUGACAAGUGCACGGUUCUUACAACAUCUCGACCAUGGAAACUGGCUGAGGAACGAAUCAAGAACUCACAGAUCGACAUUCUAGUAGAGAUCGAGGGGAUUUAUGACCCAGAUACAUUUUGUGAAAGGGUACUGCGCUGCAUACUUGACGAGAGCAAAAAUCUUAAGACAACGGCUUUUGAAAUUAGGCGCUUUAUAUCAAAUCGUGAACUGACCUCAUUAUCAUAUUCACCGAUGUUGUACACGCUUGUUAUUUGCACGUGGACAGAUACUUUGGAGGAUAAGGAACAUUUGAAAGGGUUUUCAUUGUGUGCAUUAUAUACUACUUUGCUUGAAAGCCUUUUUAAGAAAACUAACGAUAUAAUUGGCUUUUUUAAUGAUUUAAACCCGCCUCCGGUGAAGUGUUUUUCAAGCUCAAGAUAUCUGCGGCCGAUCAUUCAAAAUGUAGAUGUCAUUUCAAAAGCUGCUUUCCAUCUUUUGUUUUCUCCUGAAAAGGAACAGUCUAUAGUAUUCAAAGAUCACGAAUUGUCAAACUAUCUUACACAAUCUGAACAAGAGUUUGCCCUCAAAGCAGGACUGAUAUCAAAAAGGAAAACUAAAAAAACUUUAAAUUCGUCUAUAUCAUUUCUCCACAAAAGCAUUCAGGAAUUCCUGGCUGCUUAUCAUAUUGCCCUCAAUGCUCAUUUGAUUGAUGAUGUCAUUUUCGGAUAUCUGGGACGUCAUUCGGAUGCCUAUCUCGACAUAUCCCAGGUGUUCAUAUUCCUAUGUGGACUGAACAUAUCGGCUGCCAAUAAGCUAUCUGGCAUUAUGAAUGAACAUACUAAUAUUAAAAUUCCAUAUGGAUUCGAUACGUUUCAAAGCAUCAUAGAGGCAGGAUACACAGAAGCUGUUUCAAAUGACCAAACUGUACAUUCUCCUCCGGCUCGAUCAAUUGCAAAUCCGUGA